GUCGACUUCGUAUUGCGCUUCUUGGGCAGCCCAGUCAAGUUGGCGAAGCAUGCUCGAGUCCAGCGCGCCAUCUGAGUCUACAGUCUCCAGAACGGCAUCACAGUCGCAGGCACGCUGCAGGACCCGCAAGAGCACCCCAGAGCACCCUGCGCCGCCCACAAGGACGGUUGUUGGCGGAGCUGUUGGCGCUGACGACGGUGAAAGACGGCAGCUCAUUUCCGCCCGCCUUAGCGAACCAGCCUCAUCCCAAGCACCGAUCCUGACCUCGCGAACUCCCUCCCUUACACCUCCCGACCGCGUCCUCGACGAUCGUGUCCUAGCCACGGCGACAUUGCGACUUCUUCCCAUCUCGCGCGCCUUCCGCAUCCACCGCAGUUGCCCAGCAAUUGCCUUUCACGGAAGCAGCGACGGGCGCAAGUCGGACCACCGCCAGCGACCACGCACGAGGCACCACCACGCGACGCGGCUAGGGAUCACCACCAGCUCUGCAUCCUUCACCAUCGCUACCGCUCGUCUUGCACUGCGCGCUGUCUGCCUGAGGUGACUGCUGCCUAGUGAUGAGCAUCGAGCCCUCGCACUCAGCUGCCAACGGUUCUGGUACGUGACGAUAACGAUGCUGCCGCCCCCAGCCCAACGCCAUCGA